GCAAUUGUAAAGUGUUACCCAUAUUUGUGUCUGUUAAACUGAUGGAGGGAAAGCGAUUCAUUUGAGUGAUUAUGCCACCUUCAAAAUCCGAAUUUAACACCUGUGUGUAUUUGUGGGGUGGAGUUGUCGUAUAGUUUCCACGAUGGGGUUUCUCAGAAAUAUUCUAGGAGGGGACGAGGGUUAGAGUGUGUGGGGAGCCCAGUGUCUUUCUUGUGGGAGUGAAACAUUGUCAUUUUUAUUUAGCUCAGGCCAGCCAGCCGGGUCAGACCCCGGCGUUAGACUGGGAUUUACACUGAGGCAGGGCCAGACAUCUUCUCUCUCACCCAGCCCACAUUAUAAAAGAAAACACUCCAUAGCACUACAGGCAACAGUAAACGCUCGGGCAAUAACCUGCGCUUUGAAGUUUGCCAAUUAUUCAAUCCGUCCACAUUUGUAUUUUGCUCCUUCAAAGGGGAGGUGGGGGGGAUGCAAGGACUUUUGGUAUAUGGCUCGGUUUAGGCAUCUGUAUGAUAAAAGAGACUUUGAAGUUUAUAUGAAAAAUACGUAAAAUUACAUGUCUAUGUAGAUGCUGGUUACCUUGGUAUAGUACUUUUUCUGGUGAGGUGAUUGAUGCAACAGAUGCAAAUGUUGGCAGAUUGCCUACUUCUAUUUGAAUACAGAUUUUUUUUAUAUAUCAAAAUAGAAAAGCAUAUAGAGUGAAGGUAGCACAGAGAUCUACCAAUGAUUUAAUCAUUAAGUAUCUUCAACCGGGAUCCUUUAUAAGAUACCAUCAUUAUGUUUCGCUGCCCUCAUCUAUAUCUUUAUUGCAUCACGUUGGUUUGUUUGCAAGCCCUCUGAGUCAUUUUGUAUCAAGUUAAUUGCAAUGUUGUGGUUAAGUAGCCAUACAAACAAAAUAAUAUGGUAUCUCGCUUAUUAUAACGUUUUACAUUAAGACACUAAAAACAAGUCUUGUUACUUUCCAAUGAACAAGCUUUAGGGUUUGGACCAAAAUAGUUUAUACUGUAGGCUGUAAAAUGUGUGUUUUUGUGUGGUAUGUAAAAAGGGGAGGGGUUACAUUUUGUUAUGGGACUCCUUUCCAGGGAAAUCAAGGAAGGAAGUCAUCUAGCACUUAACUGGUAGAGAUAAUGAAACUGAAAAGAGGAGAGUAAAACAUGAAAAACUUCCGUUUGACAAAAAAAAGAACAAAGGUAAAAGUGAAACCUUACGUGUCAUGUCACACUACACAUCUUAAUCAAAUGAAUUCAAAUCAUGUUUCAUAAUUGGAAAUUUGAUCAUGUAUUUGAUGUAUUUGAAUCAUUUUGUCAGACAUACUUCAAACUUAUUGGAAAAUGCCAAACAGCAAUUGCACCUGAUGUGUUGAUGAGCCGCAGAUGACGACAUACGAAUCAAAUUAAGAGAUGAACUCUUCACUGUGAUACAGUGCAGAUGGGACAGUAACAGUAGCCUUAACCUGUUCACCCUUUUCUUGUACUUAAAAAACAUCAUAAUGUGGUAACAUCUAUGUAGGGGUCGUCUAGAAUUGAUAUGGCCAUGUCCACAUGAUACCAUAGGUAUUGCCUUCUUUAUAAGGUGAACACAUUUAUACAUUUAUUUGUAUAACCGUCUAAAUAUGAACAAGAUUCUAUAUUGGUUGUGUGUUUUGGAAGUAAGUCUACAUCUGUGUGACAGGAAAAUUAAUUGUGAGGAAAAAAUAUACUAUUAGGAAAGACCCAUUCAGCCUCAAAGAUACUUUGGUUUUAUGAGUAUUUAUUUUAAGAAAUUAAGUAAAGAGGGGAAAAAACGUGAAUGAAAAGCAAACAUCUUGAAUUAGUAAAGAACCAGAUGGCUGCUUUGACAUUAAAAAGGCAUUUUGGAGAAGGUCGUUUUGAAAUAAUUCCUGAGGAACUUCCGCAAAAUGCAGUACAAAGCACACAGAUAUUUAAGCAAUAUACAUAGCAAUAUACUAUCUGUUUUAUUUACAAACUGAAACAUGUCUCUGGACUUUCACUUAUUUGACCCUUUUCUCUUUCGUCUUCUUCUUUCUCUCUUUCACUGCUGUACCUCUUUCUCUCGCUCUCUCGCUCUCUCUCUCUCUCUCACUCACCUUCUUUACAAGUAGCAUCAGGUGAUUAAGCCCAGUUGGCUGCAGUGCAGUAAGAUGUCCAACCUUCAGGUUCAAUCAAUGUUUGCCUCUCCAACUCUUUUGUUUACUGUGUUAGUCUGCCUGUGGACCACAGAACCUCACAUCUGAAAUAUUUUAUGAGACACAUAUUUGAUGUUUUAUAAUACAAUAUGCCAUGGCAGCAGUAUUUUUUUUGUGGCUUCACAGGGAGAACCAGUAUCAGAACAUAACUUUGGUAAGGUCAUCUAAUCUAAUGGAAUAAUAGAGGGAUUGAUUCGACUUGAAAGAAUUAUGCUUUGUAGCUAGCUACAGAGUUAUGUUGAUAUUUCUAAUGCAAUCCCACUGGCCACAGACAUCAGUUCAAAGUCGAGUUUUGAUUUACAUUUGGUUGAAUUGUUAACUGACGUGAAUUUAAUGCAAAAAAAAAAAUGACAUCAUGACAUUGGAUUUAGGUUAAAAGUUGGGUGAAAAAAAGAAGAAAUUCCCCGACGUUGAUGACAUUUUGCAAAUCCAAUCAGUUUUCCUUAUUGAUUCAAUGUCAUCACAUUGCUUUUUUUUUUUUUUUAAAUGAUGUGGAAACAAGUUUUUUUUCCCAGUGGGAUGGCUCUGUUCUGUGACCAGUGGGAUGGCUCUGUUCUGUGACCAGUGGGAUGGCUCUGUUCUGUGACCAGUGGGAUGGCUCUGUUCUGUGACCAGUGGGAUGGCUCUGUUCUGUGACCAGUGGGAUGGCUCUGUUCUGUGACCAGUGGGAUGGCUCUGUUCUGUGACCAGUGGGAUGGCUCUGUUCUGUGACCAGUGGGAUGGCUCUGUUCUGUGACCAGUGGGAUGGCUCUGUUCUGUAACCAGUGGGAUGGCUCUGUUCUGUAACCAGUGGGAUGGCUCUGUUCUGUGACCAGUGGGAUGGCUCUGUUCUGUGACCAGUGGGAUGGCUCUGUUCUGUGACCAGUGGGAUGGCUCUGUUCUGUGACCAGUGGGAUGGCUCUGUUCUGUGACCAGUGGGAUGGCUCUGUUCUGUGACCAGUGGUACAGAGGGCCUGGUCAGAGACAUCUUUUAUUUUACUAGGCAAGGCAGUUUUAAGAAAAAAUUCUUAUUUCCAAUGACAGCCUACCCCAGCCAAACUCUAACCCAGACAAUGCUGGGUCAAUUGUGCGCCACCCAAUCACAGCCAGUUGUGAUACAGCCUGGAAUCAAACCAGGGUCUGUAGGGACACCUCUAGUGCUGAAAUAGUGCCUUAGACCGCUGCGCCACUUCUGGGUUCACUCUGAUUGGUUUGGAAGAGUUGGAAGUCAUAGUUGCGUCCAGAUUGAAUGCCCAGCUCAUGUUAAUGUCUACCUCCAGUUGAUACAUGUGUGAUCCACCCACUCAAUGCAACAGGGCAUCUACUGACACACCUACUCCUUGAGGGCUAGUAAUAGAUCACUGUCAUGUCUGUGACCUAAGUUACCUCAGUUGGAUGCACCAUCUAUUGGAACGGCCCAGCAUUGGUUUUGGCACACCGUCGAGGUAGAAACCUGCACAAACUUUGAUCUAAAUCUACAUGUUCUACAUAUCAAUACCAAUGGGCAAUGUUAGCUGGCUGUGUUAGCUGGAUAAAUGUGCUGUAUGUCAAGUAAUGAUAGGACUUCUGGUGUGGAUAAGUCUCUCCACACGUGUUCGGUCUACGCUCAUUUCCUGACAGGUGUGAGGGUAGAGGACUUAGCCAUGCUAAUCUAGUCUAGCUUUCCCUACAAAGUUCUGCUUGGCUGUGAGCUGGAGUUAGCCAUGCUAGCCUAGUGUGCCCUAUAUACUGUAGUUCUUCUUGGCUGUGAACUCCACUGGUACUGUUUGUAAUGUGCCAUGGAUGGACCCUGGGACUUAAACACUGUAAUCAGAGCCAGCGCAGGAUAUUGGCCAAAUUGCACAUGAAAGCAGGGACAUUUGAGGGAAGCUUGAGCACUAAAUAUUAUGAUAAAUUAAAGCCUAAUAUAGAGAGUUAAGUCUCAGGCAAACUGAAAUAACACAGAUUAGCAUGCAAUGGAGGAGAAAAAAUGCUUUUAAAGCAGGAUUGUUUUUUUUUAUCUGUCUCAACAGAAAAAUACCUUCAGGGGUUUUUUCUUUAGUGCUGCUUUGCUCUGCCCACAGACACAGACACAGACACGGCACAGUGACAAUCUCUGUUUGUGUGUGUGUUUCCAAGGACCAGAUUUGCCAUAAGAAUACAUUGAUUUAGUUUCAUCAGCCAUCAAAAAGAAAAGGGGAGAAAAAAUGGAAAUGUUACAUCUUUAAUGUAUACACACAAACAGAUUGAGGCGACUUGUUGGCGGUUGAAGUGAAUGGAAGUGGCCCCAGACCUGCCCUCUCUCCCAGCUUCAAACCCCUCAACCCCUCAUUACUACCCAUACUCUAUAUCUAUAUACAUCACCCUUCCCCCUCGGUCCUGCACCUCCAUCCUUCACCCCCAUGCACCCUCACCCUCCACCCCCGCUAGGUUGAUACCCCACAGGAAGUCCUGCUCUACGGGGGGAAAUGGGUCCCAGAUGUCUGCAUGUGUCCCACUGGGCUCCAGAGGAGGGAUGGAGGAGCAGCGGCCGGGGGAGGGGUGCUGGGCAAUGCACUCUUUCCAAGACAGAGGCUUGUGGUAGAUAGAAGCUUGUGCCUUACUAUCCACAGAUCUAAGAUCAGAUUACCCCACAGCCAAAUCCUGACCAUAUCCAUAAGGAGGGGAAAAUAUCUGACCCUGGGCUAGUGAUUAGGUGAUUAUUCUACUAAUUCCAAGACAGUGUGAUGAGGAUGAGCCAUCUGUUAAGGUGAGAAGUUUGGUGAACAGUGUAUUCUAGGACUCAUUUUCAACAGGAACCACGUUACUCAAUGCUUACUUAUGAUGGAAGGUCCUUGUGCCGUUGAUCAGUUGUCUUUACUCAAGACUUUCUUAGAACUUGGCAGUAACCAAAUUCAAGUAUUAUGGAUUUAAGAAAUAUCACCCUCCUCUUUCAACAUACACUUUCCCCAGUACAGUAUUUCAAUAAUACGGAUCAGUUCGGACUAUAACAUAUGGGCAAAACCUAAAGUACACAUUACGAUGGCCUAUACUCCUCUUUGAUAUCAAAGCUAUUUCUAUACACGUCCUCUUGAUAUCGUGCUGUCUGUUUGCAGCCACAGGAGGGGUUCAUUAUUAACCCCCAAAAAUAAAAGUCAAAAGAAAAAAAGGGUCCGGAGUGUUUAGUGAAACAUUAUGUCAAGACUCUGACAAGGAAAUGAAAUGUGCAACAUCAAUCAGCCUAUGAGGAGGGAGAUCAAACAACCCUCCCCACUCCUGCAUCUGGUUCUGUUUGGACUUUCUUUUUCUCUUCCUCUCCUUCCUUUCUUUCUUUUUUCUCUCUUUUUGCCUUUCUUUUCCAUUUCUUUAUUCAUCUCCCAUUCUCUCAAUAUUUUCCCCUCUGUUCUGUGCGAGGGGUGCACGUUCCAUGCUGUUCCUGUUAGCCUGUCGUUCGCUCAUUCUUUCCAUGAUGGUGGCAUGGAGGCAUGCUCUGCUAAGGUCCAGAUGUGUGUUCCCCUGGGUUCCUGGUGUGGAGAGAGAACAUGUGUCUACUCCACCAGAGGGCAUGGAUGGCAUAAUUAGCAGCCCUCUCACCUUAGUGAGCUGGGGUCACAAGCUCACAGGGUUAGGGGUUAUUUAGGGUCCUCGAUGGGCCAUUGCCAUGGCUACAUGUCUCACAUAUAGAGAUUGCAGUGGAUAAUGCAUAGAAAUGGAAUUGCUUAAAUAAGGACAUUCAUUCUGGUUGUUACAUUUCUAUGGGAAACCUGAUUUGAAAAGUUAUUUUAAAAAUUCUUCAUAUGACAUACUGUAUGUUGAAAAUACUAUUUUCAUUUACUAGGUUUUGUGACAUAUUUUCAAUGUUUAUACUGAACAAAAGGCAUAUUCACAGUGGCAGUAUUGUUUUAAGGUUUAAAGGAAUAAUCCCAGUUGUCACGGCGCCAUUUCUAUGUGGGUACUACUAAACAGAAAUGUGACAUCACAAGGUUUAUUGUUUAAAGUGAAAAUCUGUCUAAUGUUAAUCCACAUGUUUUUUGCCCAGACUGGCCUGGAGGAUUGACACUUGGUGUGAGUGAUGUGUCUUUAUAGUGUCAUGUGAUAUACAAUAAGGAUGCCACAUAAAUAUUAGAGAGGUCACUUCUGAAACAGUGAACUCACACUUGUUCUUUCUAAUUUGAGAAAUAAUAACAUUUUUAUUUUAUAAUAAAAAAUGAGUAGUCCUUGAGAUAUCAUGCAUAAAAGGUUUUCACUGUAAACUUGUAGAUAUUACAUCUUCUUAAUCUUGAACAUACCAAGCGCAUUCAUUCAGUACUAAUCCCCUCAAUCAACGAAGAAAAAUGUUUUAAUAUCUUAGAAGUGAAAGUGCACAACAAACGUAGGAGCCUCGAAACAUGUAAUGAAUUGAUGAGAAGAGAGACAGACAGACAGACAGACAGACAGACAGACAGACAGACAGACACGCGGGUGCGGGAGAAUGACAGGAGUGCUCUGGCAGGAGAAAUCUGGAACCUAUAAAGACGCAGAGAACUUCUGCAGCUUUUCGCAAGGCCUCUCGCAAUUGGCUGAGAAGGCCACUUACCCCCUUCCCAGCCACCCACCAACCUCAAGCUCACUUCCUGCUUCCAAACCACACCCUAAGAAGCUGGUUCUGACCAAUCGCAGCUGCCCGCAGGCCCCUCGUUUUCGCGGGGCGAGUAUAAAAGCAUGGGAGGUAGCACGACGAAGUAGAUGGUUUGUUGUUGUUCUACACACGGGUUGAGGAGAUGGGAAACUGGAGGUGAGGAAUUCACCACAGAGGCACAGGAACGAGAGAGCUUUCUGACUUACUGGGAGUAAAGCCAAACCUAUGGAUCUUCAACAGUUUGCAGUUUAGAAGCGUAUCACUCAUCGUCCUUCACUGGAGGAAGAAGACGAAACUUCUAAACCUGUGUGUCUCUACCAGAACUUCCCACGCGGCUGUCUGAAGAAGAGAAGUAGAGGGAAAGAGAGAGAGGAACGAAGAGCAAAAACCAGCCUGCCUUGGAAAGGGAAGAAGGACGGUGUCCUGAGAGGGAGGUGGCUAUGCGUGAGGAGGUUUCCUGUGCCAACUCCCCUGAAGGGGGGCUGGGGGCCAGUGAGGAGGAGCUGGAGAGGGGGUCCAAGAAGAGUGGGCCAACAGGGGGGCGAAAGCGGGUGCCGUACCCCAAGAAGGACAGUUUGGGUCGGGCCGAGGAGAGGGCCGUGGUCAGCGGGAGCCCCAACUGCCUUGUUCCGUCAGGGCCAAAGCGGCAGAAGAAGCAACAGAGCUCCCCCACGUCGGUGGUGUGUGUGGCCCCAUCCGUGCUGAGCUCCAGCGGCCUUGGUUUGGGCCCGGGCGGUGAGCCCUUCGAGGACCUGCACACUCAGCGAGUGAUCGCCAACGUUCGCGAGCGCCAACGCACGCAGUCACUGAACGACGCCUUUGCCUCGCUGCGUAAGAUCAUCCCCACUCUGCCCUCCGACAAACUUAGCAAGAUACAGAUCCUGAAACUGGCGUCACGCUACAUCGACUUCCUGUACCAGGUGCUGCAGAGUGAUGAGAUGGACGCCAAGCUGGCUAGCUGCAACUACCUAGCCCACGAACGCCUCAGCUACGCCUUUUCCGUCUGGAGGAUGGAGGGUGCCUGGGCAAUGUCUGCCAGCCACUAGUGUCCCCUCUCUCAUCCUCCAUCCUGCUCUGCCCGUCCUGCUCUGUCUUAACCUUACUUUCUCUUACUUCCUUCUUGUACUGCCUAACCCCACCAUCCCUGGCCUCCCCUAACCCACUAUCUAUGUACCCCCUAACCCCACCAUUCCUGGCCUCCCCUAACCCACUAUCUAUGUACCCCCUAACCCCACCAACCCUGGCCUCCCCUAACCCACUAUCUCUGUACCCCCUAACCCCACCAUCCCUGGCCUCCCUAACCCACUAUAUAUGUACCCCUAACCCCACCAUCCCUGGCCUCCCUAACCCACUAUCUCUGUACCCCUAACCCCACCACCCCUGGCCUCCCUAACCCACUAUCUCUGUACCCCCUAACCCCACCAUCCCUGGCCUCCCCCUAACCCACUAUCUCUGUACCCCCUAACCCCACCAUCCCUGGCCUCCCCUAACCCACUAUCUAUGUACCCCUAACCCCACCAUCCCUGGCCUCCCUAACCCACUAUCUCUGUACCCCUAACCCCACCAUCCCUGGCCUCCCUAACCCACUAUCUAUGUACCCCCUAACCCUACCAAUCCUGGCCUCUCCUAACCCACUCUCUCUGUACCCUGUAACACAACCAACCAUGGCCUCCCUUAAGCCACUAUCUCUGUACCCUGUAACACAACCAACCAUGGCCUCCCUUAAGCCACUAUCUCUGUACCCUGUAACACAACCAACCAUGGCCUCCCUUAAGCCACUAUCUCUGUACCCUGUAACCUCACCAUCCAAGGCCUCCCUUAAGCCACUAUCUCUGUACCCUGUAACCUCACCAUCCAAGGCCUCCCUUAAGCCACUAUCUCUGUACCCUGUAACCUCACCAUCCAAGGCCUCCCUUAAACCACUAUCUCUGGCCCUCCUUUAAGCCAAAACACACUGUUUCCUCCUAACCCACUACCUCCCUCUCUUCAUUAUUCUCUAUUCUCUACUGUUCUUCAAACUGUUCUUUGCUUACCCUCUCAUUCCCCUAAUCGCCCACUGCCCCAACACUCAACUUAACCACUGCCCCAACACUCAACUUAACCACUGCCCCAACACUCAACUUAACCACUGCCCCAUCACUCCCACUGUACCCGUUCACCCUUCGAGCUUUGCCCCCCCAACCCCCCUUUCCACCUAAAAUGCCCCUGUAUGCCGCCUAACAAUUUAGCCCCAACUCCACAACUCUACGGUACACCGCUGCAGGACAGACAUCUAACGAAUGGACUCCUCUUUACAUCUAAAAAGGUCUGUCGUGUCCAUCCUCCCCUGCAUACCCCAUCUCUCCUUCUUCGGAAGCCCUGGCCCACAGACAUUGGGCAUUGGAGCGAACACAGGCAUUGGUUUAAGGACAGAUAUCCAGUCGACUCUCCUUUUGCAGCCUGACAGACAGACCGUUUUAUAAUGCUCUAUUACAGUAUGUGACUGUCACUGAGGCAUGACGAAGAUCCUCAAUUUAUACGCCACUUCAAAGACUCCACAGAGGAAGAUUCUUUGACAACUGAGGUGACUUACGCUCAUGAUAAUUACAAUAAUGGCCAUAAUAAUGCCGCCAAAGGGAUGGAUAGCUGGUGGUCCCAGCCCAAUGAAUGUUUACAGCAAAGAUGCUAAUAAGCUAAUAAUUGUAUGCUCUUCCACCUCCAUUUGAUGGGUAGGAAAAGUCCCAGAAGCCUGCCAUGUUUCCAACAGUUAUAUAAAUGUAUCUGCUUGAAUUGUCUGUUGCCUGUGUUCAUGUAUUUUUCUGUUUGCAUUAUGUCCCUUCAUAGCGAGUGGACUUAGCAUGUGCAUAUGCUAAUUGCUUAUUCAUAAAGGUUACAUUUGACAUUACAAUGACUUUAUAUCAGAGUAAGUAACAAGCGAUAAUCUUUGCAGCUCCCUACAACACAUGAGUACAGUAGUACACACAGUUUUGUAGCAUGCACAGACUAUGGUUAGAUUAGACAUAGUGGAUCAAUUCCACUAAACCUAAAGGUCUGUGAUUAAGUGUGAAAACUUAACAUGCUAAAUAACUAUGUGGUAACACAGUAGGAUCAGAGUAACAUAUUACAUAUUCUUUGGACACUCUUAACUAAAGUAAAGAUACAAUUAGGAGUGACAUUGUACAUUGUUGUAUAUACAAGUAACAUUGUACUUAUAGUUUUAAGUACCAUUGUACUUAUAGUUUUAAGUAGCAGUGUAGUAUUUUUAAAUGAAAGAAAAAUAUAGUUUGAAUAUUGUAAGUUUAGUCAUUCAUUGGAAUUUCUCUUUAAGAUACUUUUAAGGAAAUACUGCAAUAUGCUAUCAGUAAUUUGAGAGUGUAAUAAAUUGUAAACUGUACUUUUUUUUCACAAUGUGAUAAAUUCAGAUUUUGUUGCUACUGGGUAAUGGUAGGUAGUGGGAAUAUCUGAUAUACUGUCUCCAGAAAAUGUAGUUGGUUAAUAUGUUUUAUCCUCGUAGUUCUUCUGGCAGAUUGUUUGUCACCAGAUUUUCAUUACAUGAACUCCUGUGGAUAAUAAUAAAAACAGUUUUGGUAAAAUACCACUGAAAUUCUGA